AUGACGAGCUUGCAGGUGCGACAAAAGAACCGGGUGUCUCUCCUUCUGCCAUUCAUAUGGCACAUCCGGCACCGUUUCUGCCUGCGCCCUUCUAGGAGAUCCAGUGUGAUCCCCUGGCAUCAGCCGACACGGAGGGUCCACUACCCGAUGAGAAGGGGUGGUGAGGGCGGGGGCGGCAGCAGGGGCGGCGGAAGCAGGGGCGGCGGCAGCGGGCGGCGGCGGCAGCAGGGGCGUCAGCAGCAGGGGCGCGGCGGCAGCAGCUCAGCAGCAGGGGCGUCGGCAGCAGGGGCGGCGGCAGCAGGGGCGUCAGCAGCAGGGGCGUCGGCAGCAGGGGCGGCGGCAGCAGGGGCGUCGGCAGCAGGGGCGGCGGCAGCAGGGGCGUUGGCACCUCUAUGA